CUUCGGGGCGGGAGCGGAUUUCGCCGGUUCAGGCAUCGCCAAACUUAAUACCACGUCUCAGCGACAAAGUAUAAAGUGUACUCAACGUACAGCGUCCUCCGUAUUUAUAUUGCAACCUCCGCAGUCCAUAAAAGUGUACUUUCUGGCUAACCUGAAGUUCCAUUCUUUUGCUAACUGCAAGUUAUGUCUGGACGCGGCAAGCAGGGCGGCAAGGCGCGCGCCAAGGCCAAGACCCGCUCUUCUCGGGCCGGCCUGCAGUUCCCCGUGGGCCGUGUGCACCGGCUGCUCCGCAAGGGCAACUACUCGGAGCGGGUGGGCGCCGGCGCCCCGGUGUACCUGGCGGCCGUGCUCGAGUACCUGACGGCCGAGAUCCUGGAGCUGGCGGGCAACGCGGCCCGCGACAACAAGAAGACGCGCAUCAUCCCGCGCCACCUGCAGCUGGCCAUCCGCAACGACGAGGAGCUCAACAAGCUGCUGGGCAAAGUGACCAUCGCGCAGGGCGGCGUCCUGCCCAACAUCCAGGCUGUGCUGCUGCCCAAGAAGACCGAGAGCCACCACAAGGCCAAGGGGAAGUAAAUUAGCCCAUGGUAGCAUUAGCUGCAGCUGCCACCUUAACCAAAGGCUCUUUUCAGAGCCAUUCAUAUUUUCACAUAAAAGCUGUACCUGUCAUCCGUUACUCACCCCAUACGAUUCUCCAUGGUAGUAAUUAGUCAUAUUAUUAGCUCUGCUUUAAUGUGAGGCUAAACGGAAGUUUAUGAAACGGUUUAGUUAUGUGUAGAAUGAUGGAGUUUGAGCAAGGUACGGUCACUGUCACUGUCAUCCCGUUGCUCAUUGAUUCCUUCGAGCGGGCAGCAGCAACAUCUCAUUGAGAGACUGAUUUUUACUGUUUUUGGCAUAUCCAAUACGCACGGGUAGCUUGCCAGGCUCUGCCGUGCGGGCUCCAUACUCAGUAGCCUGCCGGGCUAAGGUAAUUCUGAAAGACUAAGGUAAAUUAUGGUGGUUAAAAUAAAAAUUAGUGAUUAUCUUAUUAGAGUGCAUUAUGAGUAUGUUUUUCUAGUCUAGCCUAUUAAAUCGUGUCUCUCAAUCUCACAAUUCCGGGUUAGAGAAAAACCUUUUAAAAAUUAUUCAUUAUGAAUAGUUUAUUUGUGCUCCUAUAUAAUAAGUCCAAAUUCACCUAAAAAUCUGGGGCAAAAGGGUUCAGAUGGGAAAGCUUUUCUCUGGAGGAUAACUAAAGGAACUGAGAUGGUCAAGACAGCUAUACACCAGCUGAAAAGGUUAGAGAGCCGUUGGCAAUUUGACAGUGAGCGCGGGCUUUUCAAAUUCUGAAUGGCGCGAU